AGUUGUUACGCGUAUCUCCGACGAACACAAAGUGUUCCGCGCUACCGUGCUAGGCGCGUUCUAAACGCCUUUGCAGAAUUGAAAAAAAGACAAAUUUCUUUAAGAAAAAAUAAAAGGGAAACGAUUUUCCUUUGGCUUUCAAGGCAAAAAAGCCAACGUAUUUCUAGUCAUUAUCGGAUAAACCAAAGACAAUCUCAAGAUGUCCAUGACAGCAUUGGGUGUUAGUACCGCCUUUAUGGUCGGUUGCUGUAUUGCCGCCCAAAUUGCCCGCCGCUUGGCUUGUAAAUUUUUCAAAGAUCAAGGUAUUGUACCGGUUUUGGUCAACGAAGCUAUAGCAUCGGCGGAAUUGUGUGCCUGCUGUUUUGAGCUAAUUAUUGUUGCCGAUAACUUUGGUGUGGCUGCCUAUGCGGUGUUCCUCUUCCUGCUGACGGUGUGGUGGGGUAAGGUAUGGGGCGAUGCCUCUGCUUGUCCCUAUACCCACAUGGAGGAUAUGCUGGAGGGUAAAACCUCACUCAAAGAGGUUGCAUUGCGCACCUGGGCUGAGCUGAUGGGAGGUUGUUGUGUUUAUCGCAUUGUCCAGGUGUUUUGGUGGUUUGAGUUUGCCGAGACCCAUGAGGGCAGGGCAUUUGAGGAGUGUAAUGCUGAUUUGCAGGUAAAUCCCUAUUUGGGAGCAGCCAUUGAAGGUCUGGCCACCUUGCUGUGUCGCCUGGCUUCCAAAACUCUGAGUGAAAAGGGCCCCAAAUUCUGCAGCAUCAUUGAUUCCUUUAUCGGCACCAGUCUUGUGGUGGCAGCUUUCAACUUUUCGGGUGGUUACUUCAAUCCGGUUUUGGCCACAGCUCUGAAAUGGGGUUGCCGUGGCCACACCAACUUGGAACACAUCAUUGUCUAUUGGAUUGGUGCCUGUGUGGGAGCGAUACUAUCGGUGCCGCUAUUUAGAAUGCAGGCAGUUCGCAAGGUGUUGUUAGGCGCCGACGAAGUGGCGGAAAAGAAAAAGGAAGAAUAAAAGAAAGUGAAGAGA